AUGGGCUCGGGAAAUCUCAUGUCCUUGAAAUUCUUGAUGGGUGGGGGAACAUCAUCCCCAUCCACAAUUAUGUGCCACUGCUUUCGGAUUGUGUCACAAGAUUUUUUAGGCAUUUUCCGGAUUUGCAAAGGCGGUUUCCAGCCCGUGACAAGAGGCUCGGUGUAUGUGAUGCCCUUAGCCAGCUCCCGGACGGACAUCAGGGUUUUCCUAUCGGAUAAGUGUUCGAUCAUUUCCUUUUCCUGGAGGAUUAUCUGCUCCGUUUGGGUGAUUUCUGGCUGGUCUUUCUUGAGCUGGGAGGCUUUGACCAGCAGGCUUGGCUUGGCCUCAGCUUGUUUCUGUUUCUCGAUCUCCUCCUCAACUGUGGACAAUUUGCCCUUGCGCAUGAGGAUUUUCUGGGCUUCGAGGGCACGCCGUUUGGCCACAGGGACGUACUCGACAGAGGAGAACCUUUCGGAGAUGAGCGGAAAAGAAAAGAUCUUGAUGAUCGGAGAAUGUGAAAAGGAAGGGUUUUUUAGAUCGGCGUUCGAAUUGUGCGAAGAAAUCCGUCAAAUGAAGAAGAUUGGGAAAUCGAGUCAAGAGGGCAAUGUGGAUCACUUGAAAGAUCAUUUUCAAGUGGCUCUUUAUUUAUGCAAAAUUAAAAACAAAAGCUGCCAAUUAAAACAAAAUGGCGCUUAG